GCGGAUGAGGAGCAAUCCAUCGGCCGAGGAGGAGGAGUCGGAUCGGAGGAGAGGAUUAAGGAAUCGAAGAUGCAGGGCGGGACGGUGCAGAUCAACUGGCACGACCUGCAACCCGUGCUCAACCUCGACUUCCACCCCACCUCUAGCCGCCUCGCCACCGCCGGCGCUGACCACAAAGUUAAGGUCCGAUCCCGGCGUACCAUCCUUCUCUUUCCUCUAGCACCCUUGGCUAGUUGCUCCAAUUUUUUUCCCCAUUUUGGCGGCCACCCCGCAUUUCGUCACUGAUUAUUCGGCUUGCAUAUCUGGGUGAUAGCAUCGGAUGGUUCAAACGACAAGCUCCCCAUUGCCACCUUCCAGAACACGGUCAUGGAGUUCGGUCGGAUCCUAGGGGCCCGUCUCCCUGUGCGCGGCCUCAGGCUCCGAAGGUUGCUCCCGCCCCGGUCCGCCGUGCCGUCCUCACCCUGCGGCCAAGAGCUCAAGGGGCAUGCGGCCUCGGCCUUGUGUCACGCGGAUUGGGACGUCAUUGACUCUGGCCGGCGGAUCUCACAGUCGUGCGCCUUCGGCUGAUCCGGCACCCCAGGUGCGCCCCAUUUCCCCGUCGUACUCGAACGACUCCGGUGGGAGGAGCUGGUAGGCGAGGACGACAACGACAACGAGGACCAGUUCAAGACGCCGAAGAAGUCCCCCAGGUCGCACUCUACCAGCAGCACAAUGCCACCCCCUGCUCUACAAGCUUCCUAGAUGAAGAUAAGCAAUGGCGUUACUGCAAUUCACUCGAACCACGGUGACGUUUCGCCAUUUCGGUGCAAGAGACACCCUUAUAAGCCCAUGGACUAGCGCGGGCGCCAGGGCACGCGGCAUCGAUCACCUCCACCCCCACCUCUAUCCAGUUCAACAUGGAGGCACUGCUUCCGAGCUCGAUCUCGCCAAAGAUCAGCACCAUCCUCCAAUCCCACGUCUACCCACGAGUCGGCCACGUCUUCCGCGUCCUCGCGAGGUUCAAGUCCUUGCUCCUUGACGCCCUCGGCAAGACGAAGAGUGGUGAGCGAAGAAGGACCAGCAGCAGUAAGCACGCCAUCAGCUACCGCUCGAGGUCGGAGAAGAGGACCAAGAUCACCAGCUUCAUGAAGCCGCAUCUCACCUGGUCCGGCAGCUCGUCUGCUUGGGCGGAGGAGCUGGACGCGAACCACGUGUGUUCGUGCUACGAGUCGACGUGGAACGCGGUGGUUCCGGCUCCCGCCGCGGUGGAGGGCGGCAGAGGGGACGGAACGGCCGAGUACUGUGGGUACCUGUGCUGGCUUGUGGAGGAGGUGCCAGAUGAAGUACUGGUUGUGGAAGAAGCAGGGGAAGAUGUCGACGGCGUGAAUGGCGUGAAUGAGAUCGACAGACUCGCGGAGAAGUUCAUCGCGAGGUGCCAUGCGAAGUUCCUCCUGGAGAAGCAGGAGUCGUACCGGAGGUAUCAGGAGAUGAUGGCCAGGAGCAUGCGAAGAAUUUCGAUAUGGUCUGCAGGGGCGCACGACUUGGUUUUCUGAACUCUGAAUGUGAAAGAGGUGAUGCAGGCUAAGUCUGUAGUUGCCACAUGAGUGGCGCGAGUCUAGUUGGUGCUGACUUAAUUCGAGCGAGAGGUUGAAGAAGGGCGAUUCGUGGUGCAGCUUUAGUGGCUUUGCCAUGAGAUUGGGAUUACUUAGAGAAUUGGUUUGAGUGCAUUUAUCGAUUUAUGUAAUUUAAACUUGAGUUACGAUUGAAGGAUUAUGCUCCAAAGUCUUUUACGGUGGUGUAUACUAUCUGUAGGUAGGAAAUAGUAUAAAUUUAAUUUGACUAUCCACGUGAUUAGAUAUUUCUGUAAUUACGAUAAUAAUACUAAUA